UACACAUAAUUCAGGGCAGACGACUUAAUUUCGAUGAAGAAGAAACGGAAGAAUUUAAUGGGAUGACCGCACGAGAAAGAAGAAGAUUUAACGCCCAGCCAGACGACAAUUCAAAAAUUGCAUAUUUCGAGCAUUCGUAG